GUGACAAAUUCUAGUCUCCACGUAUAUUUCUUCUCUUGGUAACCCCACCGUCAUGCCUUUUCUCUACUGGACGCAUACUGUGAACUAACAAGCACUACAGAGGCUAGCCAGGAUGCUAGAUACUUUGCCUAAGAGAGAACCUCUUGAUUAGGGGACAAUUCAUCUCUUUAGAAAACCACAGAGAUCUUUUUUUGGCAAAUUAUUUCAGGAAUUUAGACUUGUAGCAGCUGACCAAAGGUCUUGGAAGAUACUGCUCUUUGGUGUAAUAAACUUAACAUGUACUGGCUUCCUGCUUAUGUGGUGCAGUUCUACUAACAGUAUAGCUUUAACUGCCUAUACUUACUUGACCAUUUUUGAUCUUUUUAGUUUAAUAACAUGUUUGAUAAGUUACUGGGUAAUGAUGAGGAAACCUAGCCCUGUCUAUUCAUUUGGAUUUGAAAGAUUAGAAGUCUUGGCUGUAUUUGCCUCCACAGUCUUGGCACAAUUGGGAGCUCUCUUUAUAUUAAAAGAAAGUGCAGAACGCUUUUUGGAGCAGCCCGAGAUACACACGGGAAGAUUAUUAGUUGGGACUUUUGUGGCUCUUUCCUUCAACUUGUUCACGAUGCUUUCUAUUCGGAAUAAACCUUUUGCUUAUGUCUCUGAAGCUGCUAGUACGAGUUGGCUUCAAGAGCAUGUUGCAGAUCUUAGUCGAAGCUUGUGUGGAAUUAUUCCAGGACUUAGCAGCAUCUUCCUUCCCCGAAUGAAUCCAUUUGUUUUGAUUGAUCUUGCUGGAGCAUUUGCUCUUUGUAUUACGUAUAUGCUAAUUGAAAUUAAUAAUUAUUUUGCUGUGGACACUGCUUCUGCCAUAGCCAUUGCUCUGAUGACAUUUGGCACUAUGUAUCCCAUGAGCGUCUACAGUGGCAAAGUAUUACUGCAGACAACACCACCCCAUGUUAUUGGUCAAUUGGACAAACUUAUCAGAGAGGUAUCUACCUUGGAUGGAGUUUUAGAAGUUCGAAACGAGCAUUUUUGGACCCUAGGUUUUGGCUCAUUGGCUGGAUCAGUACACGUAAGAAUUCGACGAGAUGCAAAUGAACAAAUGGUUCUUGCUCAUGUGACCAACAGGCUGUACACUCUAGUGUCUACGUUGACCGUUCAAAUUUUCAAGGAUGAUUGGAUUAGACCUGCCUUACUGUCUGGGCCUGUUGCAGCCAAUGUGCUAAACUUUUCAGAUCACCACAUAAUUCCAAUGCCUUCUUUAAAGGGUACUGAGGAUUCAAACCCUGUUACAUCGACUCCAGCUAAACCUAGUAGUCCACCUCCAGAAUUUUCAUUUAAUACCCCUGGAAAAAAUGUGAGCCCAGUUAUUCUGCUCAACACCCAAACAAGACCUUCUGGCUUGGGUCUUAAUCAUGGACACACAGCUUAUAGUAGUAGCUUGCUUAAUCAAGGACUUGGAGUUCCAGGAAUUGGAGCAACCCAAGGAUUUAGGACUGGUCUUACAAAUAUGCCAAGUAGAUACGGAACUAACAAUAGAAUUGGACAACAAAGACCUUGAUGUACUGUAAUUUAAUUUAUUUUUAUGAGGAAUAUUGACUCCUUCAUUCCAGUUUAUUUACUAAUCCAGCUGUGCACCGACUGUUCAAUCAUUUACUCUACAUGUUAGAGAAUAGUAGGUUUGUUCACAUUACAUGAAACUGAUGAAACUAUAUUUUUGUAAAAUGUAUUUGGAGCUGUGAGAACCUUCUAAAUGUUAUAGAGUUGAAUAUAGGCUUCCUUUAGAAAAUGUGUUUCUCUGAUUUGGGAUUUUGUUAUUUUUAGUUUUGUAGUUGACUGCAGUGUGAUAGACAUUAUAAGAGAACCACUUGAUGGAGCAACUCUGUCACAUUAUUAAAAGUAUAACAUUUUCUUCAGUGAAAUUUAUUAAACAUAUUUCUUGAAUAAUGAUACACAUUUUAAGAAAGGAAAAAACAUCCAUUCUAAAAGUAAAAGUCUCUUUUAUAGCUUUUCAAACUUAAUUGCUCCGUUUUUGUUUUUUUUUUUUUUGAGGUCCUUUUGAUUUGUGUCUUGCAAAAGAAAGCAAAAGUUUUUAUCAGGAAUUUUAGAGCAUAUUCUACUAUCUAGCAUAAUUUCAAAUUUUUAAUUAUCAGUGUCUUUAUAGUUUUUUUUCAUUAAAAUAUUUCAGUACACUUAUAAAUAGUCCAUGUUCUGAAAGUGUUUUAUUUUGGUUAAGUGAAUACCAAAUCCUUUGGUAAUGUGCAAUGAAGGAAUCCCAGUUUUCUAUAUAACAUUUAAUCAAAUACUGACAUAAUAACAAAAAACAAACCCCCCAAAUACUGACAUAAUGAUGGAAUUUAUCUUUUUUGUCACCUUUUCAUUGGUUGACUUUACUCUCUCACUUUAUUAACAAAAUAUAUCAAAUAUAUUACCAAAAUGUAUAGAAUUCCAUGUAUAAUAUGGGAUUUGAUAUCUGUUCAAAGUUGCAUAAGCAAUUUAAGUUAACAUUAUAUAGUUUUACCAAAAGAUAAUAGACCCUACAUUGUAGAAUACAGUAUUGUUAUAUCUGUAACAGGCAAUUUCUAACUUAUUUUGUUUUGCUUUGUCAAAAUCAUAAAUUGUUAACUGUGAUGAAGUAAGAGAAUCAUGUGGAUUAUCUUAUUUUUUUAUUUCUUUUCCAAAUGCAGGUGUUAGUGACUGGCCAACAUGGUCAGUAUUACUUAUAAAAAGUAUCAAAAGCAGCAGUCACAAAUUACCUGAGGUAAUUUUUUAAAUUUAAUCAUGAGUUUUAUAAUUAGAGUUUUAAAAGGUAUUUUGAGAGUGGAUUCAACUUUUCUGGAAUCUAGUGCUCCUGGAGAUUUAUGACUUCCAGCCAUCAGCCAGGUGUGUAAGGAAGAUUUUUGUUUUUGUAGAAUUUGUAAGUUGCUUCAAUCAACUCAUCCUCUUUUAAAUAUGAGCAACACUUCCAGAUCUGAUUUCACAGUGAAAUAACAAACAUCCAAGAAGCCAUCUCUGUCAAGCAGAAUUAUAGUCAACCUGUGACCAUAUUCCACCUUUUGCUUGGUGAGGAGUCGGUCAUUGUCUUUAACAUCUGCAACCGUGUUCAGGCAUUUGACCUGCUGAAGAAAUAGAGCCCACACUACCAUGACUGCUAGGAAAAAUGAAACUUCAUAAAAUGUAAUAAGGCAA